CGAACAGCGCCAAUCGCGCCGCCGCUUGCGUGCUUUUAACCGGGUGAUUACAAACUAAAAGCGAAUUUUCAAGUGUGUAAACAGCAAAAUUAACCAAUACCAAAAUAAUUAUCUAGUCACUAUAUAGACUGCGAUGGAAAGAGAAUUUUUUUGACAAUAAAUACUAUUUGUGGAACAAUUAAAACUCCGCGAGUCUCAUAUUUUUUAUAUACGCUUGCGAACAAUCGGGACGAAGGGAAUGAGACGGCGAAUCGAUGCGCGAGUUUGAUUAAAAAAACUCUGACUCUGGAUUUUGGAAAGGUCGAAAAAUGAAUGUUCGCCGAUGCAGUGAAUUCCUUGACAGUGCCUUGAAGUCGUAGUUUGAGCGCAUUUGAGUGAACUUUGCACGGUGUGUCGGGCGAAAUAUCGACGCAGUCCAACGAUCUUUCUUUAUCUCCGGAUUAUUUUGCUUUUAUUCAAUAACAAGACAUUAUAUGUGACAUUAUUUAUUUAAUACACGUUUACUGUGUGAAAUAUUAAUAUAACACACAUAAGAAACUUGAUUAUACUUCGUACUGGUGCAUAUGUUACGCGUCGCAUACGUCACUUUGCGUUUGAUAUUGGCUAUUUCUAGCAAGAAAAACAGACUCUGAUACAUACUUAUCAGCAGUUUUAUAAUUUAAUCGUGAGAAACUUCUCGACCGAUCGGCGGGAAAAAUUCAUGCAACGGUGAGGCAAUUAAAUCCCGCGCGCGGUUGUUGUGCGCGCAAACGAUUCUUUCCCGAUAACAAAAAAUUAUAUGUAUAUUGAUAAGGACACAUGUAUAUGCUUCGGGCAAAAUAAUGUUUUCCGGCAAAUGAUUCGUUGUUGUUUGAAUAAUUUAUUUAAAUAAUUCAACAGCGGCAUUCAAAUUCGCAGUCACAGCCCCGCCGAUUUUUUGCCUGGUGGUAACGCCGGGCGUCAUCGUCGUCGUCGCCGUUGUCUACCGGACGUUUAACGGAAAUAGCCAAUCUGUCCGCGAACUCUGACGCACUUGUUGAUACGAUCACGGAGCACGUGACUUUGCAAAGGAUUUCGAAGAAAGACUGAAGGAAGCAUUGGAGUUAAAGCGUCUGGAAGAUCGAGAUCAAGAAGAAGAGGAGAGAGAGAGAGAGAGCCAUGGAACUAAAACGAAACUAAAGCGCGCCAAGACCAAAAAUCAGGGCGCGCGGGGAACAUCAUUGAAAUUAUAUCAGCCAAAGUGCACAACGCAAGGAUCAAUGAAAAUCAUCAUGUUUAGAAAGAUAUUAUUUCUCUUGGUGUUGAAGAUAUUGCUGAUGGCGGCACGGACCAUCGCGCUCGUUGAAGAUCCGGACGAUCGCGCCGCUCCGGUCAGCCUCAAAGUAUUGGAAGAAUGCGCUUCCAACUGCUUCGACGACACGAACAGAACUCAAGAUUCGCUAGUGGGAUGCGGCAUACCGUGUAAGAUCGAACAGUGCAAAAAGGGCUGCGAAGCGUGGGAGCAGGCACUCGACACAAGCUGCCAAGCUGUUUGCAACGGGGUGAAAGAAUUGAUACCGUCGAAGGAUAUGCAUUGCCUCGAAGGCUGCCACGACGCUUUAAAUAGUUACGCUCAACUGCUCAAAGCAAAAAUUGGCACACCACCAGCACCGGCGUUGGUUGCGGAUUCGUUGACGGCAACGUCGCUCAAGCUCGAAUGGAAAGGAAUAGACACGCACAAUCUCGCUGGCAUCUCGUACCUGAUGCAAUGGAAGUACGAAGAAGUGUCUGAGACAUGGCAAUGUUGCAGAAACCAAUCGUGGAGCGAAAACGAUCAGAUAUUGAUCGAGGAUUUGCACCCAUAUACUAAUUAUAGGUUUCGCGUGGCGCUGUUUCUUAAUCAGUAUCACGACAAUCCGAUCAUCACGUCGGCGCCAAGUGUGGUAAUAUCAACGCGCGCGGCCGGUCUACCGACAUCGCCACCGAAAAUCGUAAGAGCGACGGCGGUAGAUAGCUACCGCGUCUCUGUUUCUUGGAUACCGGGUCAAUUCUUGAACGGGCCGUUUUUGUCUUAUGUCCUGAGACUGCAAGGGGAUGAAUACUCCCAGCUUAAGGACAUUCCAGCUAAAGAGAACACCGAUCACUAUAUGUUUCAAAACUUAGAACCCAAUAAGAAUUAUUCCAUCAGUCUGACUAUGAGAAAUGAAGUCGGCGAAGGUCCGUGCGCGACUGUUUAUAUUUUUACCCCAAAACCAACUGUUAAGGAUACGCAACAGCCGAUUCUGAUCCUCGGUGGCAAGCACGUGGUGAUGAAACAGGGCGCCGAUAUGUUCGACAAGCCCAUCAUCAUUUACAGAACCGAAAAUGAAAUUCAGGGUGUGGCGAUACACGUGGCGUCCGCUCAUUUGUUUGUUUCCACUUCGACUGGUUACAUAUAUCGAACCUCCAUCAUCGAGAAAUCAGAACCGAAAAUUAUUCUUAGCCCGAAUCAAGUGAACUUCACACCGCUGAGUCUAUCCGUCGAUUAUCUGAAUCUUCAUUUGUAUAUUUUGGGAGAAGUGAAGCACGCGAAAAAGUUACAGCAGAUAACUAGAUGCGAUUUGGACGGUAGAGGUUUGACAGUAGCCAUGGCUGGAUUUCAAAUUCCAAUCUUGCACUUUGAGGUCGAUCCUUACAACGGUUAUAUUUUCUGGAUUACCAAAUCGGGACUGUUCAGAUUGGAUUUGGCCGAUAUCAGCAACGGUAUCAAACAUGAGGUUAAACCAUACUCGGUCCUUAAGGAGGAGAAGUUGGGUGCCUUCACGGUCGAUCACACAAACUUCCGAUUGCUCGUGUCGCAUCAAAAGAACAACACGGUGUUAUCCGUGUCAUUGGACGGUCGCGAAGUUGUCAAUCUUCGUCCCAACACGCAAAAGCCUAGAUUUAACAAAGUUGAAUCCCUAGCCAUAGCGAAUAGAUUGUUUUAUUGGACCAAUGGCGAAGAAGUUCUCUCGGAAGGAUAUCAUCCCGGUCAAAAUAUAUAUUUUCACAACGCAUAUCCUGACACGUCUGACAAUUCUUUCGUCAGUGUGAACGUGCUGAUGAACGCAAGUCAGCCCGUACCGAUUCCAGUAAAUCCUCCCACGGGAGUGCAAGCUAUUUUAGGGGUUGAAAGAGUGAAGAUUUCGUGGCAGGCUCCUUAUUUAUUAGGUGGUCAGGGAAAAGGUGCGUGGCAAGACUGGUUAUACGAGCUCGAAAUAAAGAACGAAUUCACUGGCGAAACCAUUCAUCAGAAAGGUAUAGCCGGAUCGUCUCACACUGUUUACAAUUUGAAGGAGAGAUCAAAAUAUUUGAUCAAAGUUGCGGCAUUUACAAAUGCCGGUAGAGGUCCGUGGUCCACGGAAUUCCGAGGGCAAACUUUGAGGAAUGAUUCGCACGCAUUAAUCUUGUGGUCAUCGAAUGAAGGACUUUUGAAAAGCGACGUGACCGGCGAAAACAUAAACACUCUCGUUUACAAGGCGCGAUUGAAGGAAUCCGAGAACGAGUUUCACAUCGCUGAUAUCAGUUGGUACAAAGACGAGCUGUACAUAGUAGGAAAUAAUUCGGCUCUAUAUCGUUAUAACAUCACCAGUCAUCAGAAAACGAAACUCAACACGUAUUCGGUCGGAAGUGUCGCCGUAGACUGGAUCGCGAAGAAAGUUUAUUGGGCAAAUCCGAAGCAACAAAUUAUAAUAAGAGCGAAUUUAAACGGAUCUCAGCAAGAACCGAUGUUUAUAUUAGAGAUGGUGAAAGAGCUUAUGAUUGAUUCUCUGGAAGCGUAUUUGUAUUGGUCCACCAAUCAUGCUGUAGAAGUUGCGCGAUUAAACGGACAAGAGAGAAGAUACUAUCACUUGAACGAAAUUUUCAUUGGCAAGCAAGUAAUGGGACUAACGCUUGACACAGAAAAUAGAUACGUCUACUGGAUUGUUCGAAGCUACGAAAGCGGAUCUGUUAUUUAUCGAGCACCUACGGCCGAAAAAAUACCAAUAAACAACAAAAUUGUUCCGGAAAAGGUUUCUGCUUUGCAACGUGCGAACAUGCAAGGACCUUUGUGCUACUUUUCGGAACAUCUUCUGUGGCUUCAAGACGACAGAAACGCGGUGAUCGGUGAUCUUUCCGGUCACAACACUGCUAUAAUCAACGGAAUAACAUUGUCCGAUUUGUAUAUGGUGGCCGUUAUGGAUCCCGCAUUUCAUCAAUAUCCAAAAAAUCUGACAUCGGAAACCGUCGCGGUUCUGCCGAAUGCCGUCGAUCUCGACAGCAUAAGAGUCGAGGGAAGUUGGCGAAAUUUCAACAUAUCUUGGAAUCCCGUGAAAAACGUUAAUUACGGCACGGUUUUCUACGAAGUUAAAUUCGCUGAUUACAUCAAUACGGAUUCGAAUCCGGAAAUCACGGUCGAAACGACGAUUCCUUACAACAACUCGGAUCAGAUUCUACCUUAUUCAAUUUUGGAAGUGACCGUGAAGGCGUUUACUUAUUGGGAAAAUGCUCAUCACUCUAGAAAGAUUCUGAGAUCACCGCAGAGCGUACCGACUCAACCGAUGUCACCCAGAGCGUUUAUAGAAUUUCACAAGUCACUUUCGAGUUUGCACGUUAACAUUUCCGCGAUAUUCAGAUGGGACCAACCUGAAUUUGCAAACGGAAUCAUUCAGGGAUACCGUGUGCGGUGCUGGUUCUUCGAAAACGCUAUAAAAAUUGAAAUCUGUGACAAUCACGAUGUUUUGACCAAGAUACUGGAAUACGCAGUGUACGAUUUGGUGUUUAACACAACGUAUUAUUUCCAAGUGCAAGCUUACACCACGGUCGGUGCCGGUCCUUAUUCGGAUUUGAUCAACGUGACAGCCGCGUAUGAAUAUCCAGUUCCCCAAUUGCUAGUUGCCACGACAGACGCUGUGAAAAUGUUGGACAUAGAUCAGGAGAUCAACUACACCCUCACCAGGCACAUCCCGAUACAAGUCAGUUACUCGGCUGUGGAAAACAAGAUCUAUUGGAUCAACGAGCUCACGUCGGAAUUGGUGAUGUCGGACAUAAGCGGAGCCAAUGUUACGAAAAUACUCGCACUCAAUAAUACCGCUCACAGUCUUUGCGUCGAUUGGGUGGCAAAACAUCUUUACUGGUCGGAGUACAGUUAUAAGAAUGUAAGCAGUAGCUACAUCAUGAAGCUGGACUUGACAAUGUGGGAAGCCGGCAUAAUCAAGUACAAAACCAUUGUGACAACUGACAAACGUAUUGUCAAUCUCGACAUAUUGCCGUUUCAAGGAAAGUUAUUUUGGAUUGAAUUGAUCAAUGAUCGAGGUAUAGUGAUGGAAUCGAAUCUUGACGGAGAACAUCGACUUAUAUUCGGAAGCAAAAAAUCAAAUAAUGCGUGCAAUUGUUCGUACAGACCGUUGGUAACAUCCGCGAUGACAAUUGACAAAACCGAUAUUCGAAAACCGGUGAUGUAUUGGGUGAUGGAGGAUCGCUUGAACGUAGCCGACAUUGAAGGUUGCAUGUGCGGCGUGGUGUAUAACGCAAGCUUCAACAAAGACAUGACUCUCACGGUUGACAAGAUUAACAUUUAUUGGUCCAACAACUCGGAGAAUCAAAUCUAUUAUUUGCAGAAAACAAAUUUCACUUCCGUGAGCAAAACAACUGCGUCCGAGCCGAAACUAAAGAGUCUCUACUUGCCGAAUGUGCGUAGCAUCAUAGCCUUCGGCAAGUCCCUGCAAUCCUAUCCCACCGCGAACUGCCUGAUACCUAGUCACGAGAAAUACAAUGUCACGGAAAUAAACAAAACGCCGAACAGUAUCGUAGUCAAUUUGCCGUCGCCGGUGCUCAACGAGCACGGAUGCAAGAGGUUUAAUCUACCUGCUACAAAGUAUGUCAUUCAAGUGUCCGAAUGCGUGGGGGAAGAUAAAGGUUUUAAUUCGUGCGAUAAUCGUGACUGGAUUGCAAUGCCGACGUACGAGCGCCGUUACGAGAUCAAGAAUCUUAAACCGUUCACGAAGUACAGAAUAAAACUGGAAUUGAGCAAUUUCUACAGCGACCUGUUGUCGGGAAGUCUGUAUCCCAGAUCGAGUUUGGUGCUAAGCACCGGGGUAGGCAGACCCGGAGUACCGGAAAAUUUUACAGUUGAACCUCUCACGCCGACUAUGAUGGUGGUGUAUUGGAUGCCACCCAAGAUAUUAAACUCCGCUGUUGUUUGGUACGAAGUACACUGGAUAUUGAUUAGUUUUAAUGAUAUACGUCAAAAAGGCGAGCAAGUGAUCAAGGAGCCUGAGCGUAAAGAGAACGGCAAAUUCUUCACUAUAUUGCAACCGUUUUUACCAGGACAAGAAUAUCAAGUGUAUGUGCGCGUAUAUCCCGCUAAUUUCAACGAAUACUACAACGAGACCUCUAAUAAGACCAUUCGCAUGUAUUCGGAACCAAAUAACUUGACAGUAAGCGGAGUCAGCAUAAAUAGUAUGAACAUCUCUUGGAUUCCAAAUGUCAAUCUGACAAUCCGUUACCUGCUUCAAUACAAAGACAUAGCAAUGGAGGAGUGGCAAGUUGCGAACAACUCCGACUACAUGGUAGAACAGAACGUGGUGAUGUACUACAUAGAAGACUUGCAGCCGGUAACUUUGUACAAUUUUCGUUUGAUACUAACGUAUCCUGGGCAUGAAAAUUUCACAUGGCCGCCUGAUGGGAGAUUCACGUUUCAAACGCUUGGUGAUGUUCCGAGUGCUCCUGGGAUGCCUUUGGUGACGAGACUUCGCAACUCCGUUUAUCAAUUGAAUUGGGAACCCGCGCAAGCUCACGGAUCUCAGGUGACUUUGUAUCGACUGGAGGGUUCGAUCGUCGACGACAAUUACAAACAGGGCAACGAAACCGAUAACGAAAAUGAACAUUGGAGUUUGUACUACAACGGCACGGACAAUUACUGGAUAAUUACCGGAGAUAUAGAUCAGAAAUAUCGAUUUCGCGUUCAAGCUAAAAACGCUUACGGCUUCGGUGCUUGGAGCAAACCGAGCGCGGUCGUUAAUCUAACGGAAUCAACGCAACCAAACAUUCCGCUUAUGUUAGGCCUUAUCUCGGUCAUUAUAAUGUUGGUGUUCUUCUGUUUUUUUUCUUGUCAGUACCGAGAACGUAAAAUAGGCAAAAGAGCAGUUCUACCGCGAAUAGUAUCCGACGUCGAGUUGGCGACUCUUCGCGAAAUACCUCACAGGAGAUUCGUCAAAGUUCGUUCUAACGUGUUGUACGCUUCUACGUCGCAAACCUAUUCGGACGAUUCCGCGCUACCGAAAAUCAGAAAAGAACAGAUCACACUGAAACAGUUCCUAGGAAGCGGCGCAUUCGGAAAGGUGUACGAAGGAAGUGCUACAGAUUUAGAGGGAUCGGGUGCAACACCGGUCGCCAUAAAAAUGCUUCGAAAAGACGCUUCCGAGCGGGAAAAGACCGAGUUCUUGCAAGAAGCCAUGCUGAUGAGUCGAUUCCAACAUAAAAACGUGUUGAGAUUGCUGGGUGUUUGUUUGGACACGACUCUUCCGCUACUCGUGUUGGAACUGAUGUCCGGUGAUUUGCUGGCUUACUUGCGGGAAAGUCGAUCCUUACCGCCCACGGACUCGAAAGCUCUGCGUCUGCAAGAUCUGCUCGCCAUGUGCGAAGAUGUCGCUCGGGGUUGCAGCUACCUCGAAGAGUUGCAUUUUGUGCAUCGAGAUCUCGCGUGUCGCAAUUGCCUGGUUUCCGCGAAGGACCGUGAGAAUCGCGUCGUUAAGAUCGGCGACUUCGGCCUGGCCAGAGAUAUCUACAAACAUGACUAUUAUCGCAAAGAAGGCGAAGGAAUGCUGCCAAUUCGAUGGAUGGCUCCGGAAUCACUGGUGGACGGAGUGUUCACUUCCCAGAGCGACGUUUGGUCGUUCGGAGUCCUGAUGUGGGAGAUCACAUCGUUAGGCCAACAACCGUAUCCCGCUAGAACCAACACCGAGGUCUUACAUUACGUUCGGGAUGGCGGGAGAUUGUCGAAACCUCUCAACUGUCCGCCGUCGUUGCACCUCUUGAUGCAACGUUGCUGGAAUGCGGUCAAUACCAGGCCGAGUUUCAAGGUUUGUCUUGAGAACAUCGUCGCUUUGAGAAACAAUACGGAGGACGCGGCGCUCAAACCGGAGCAAGCUCCGCAUUAUCCACCGCGCAAAGGAAAUUCCUUAAAAUCCGGCAGUUCAGAGGAUAUGGCCUUCUGCCAGAGCUCGAACACUGCUACGACCACUCCGCAAUCUUGCUGGACGCCGAAAUACUUGGAAAUAUUGGGCGACGUUGAAAAUGCUAGUUCGGAAAGUCCCAAGACGGAAAGUCCCAUAAAUGACUACGAGGUGCCUCGUUCGAUUCACAUUUCAGAUCAGAAUAUAGCAAGCACGAGCAGGAUCAAUUACACAAAUCGGAAUAGCAAAUGCAGUCUGCACACAGAAACGACGCAGGAGCGUAAAGAACAUUCGACCGAGAAGAAGGAACAAACUUCCGGCCAGUCGUAUGACAAGAGACCGUCGAUUACCAGUCUAAACCUACCGGAUCGAAGAGACACGUCGGUUUUGGGCAUGUCGAAGAAAUGCAACACGUUAGACAGUCUGAAAUCGGUUACCGCAAAACCGACGCUCAAAAGAGAUUCCUUUUCGUUUUUCUUCCUUAACGGCCAGCCAAAAUACAAAAACAGUCUGAGAGAACAAAAAGAGGUAAAUACGGAAGAUACGAGCUCGCAUAACAAGACGAUUCUGUCAUGUGUGAAGAACAACACAAACGUCACCGUGAACGGUGAAGUGCCAUCGAAUGAAAGCGCAGUGACAAAGAACGCUUCAUGUAAGGUCGAAAAAAAAAACCAUACGAUAUUACAGAACGGCAUUACGAACAACAAAUCAAUAGUGGCAAACGGAACGGUAAAUCGAACGAAGCAAACACCUGUUAUCGAAGAUAGCAGCAGUCUCGUCACGUAUACGAACAUAAGGCGGUCGCUGUCGGAGUGAAUUUUUUAAGUCGCCGAAGCGAAGAUAAAUCUCGUAUUAAAUGCCGUUGAGCUUCAUACUGCUAAAUUGAGAAAAAUCAACUGCCUUAACAUUAG